GUGCACGGGUUCUUCUUCCGGACACGUUAUUGUUGCAUCAGCAUCCAACCAUCCAGCACUGUGGAUAUGUCGACCUCAGGAGAGCCAGCCUUUGAGUAUGGCUCCUUGCUACAGAUUACUGAGGAGCCCGCGCUGGCAGUGGCCCUGAAUGACUACCUCAUCUCACGCAGCUACCUGGCGGGGUUCUGCCCCUCCCAGGCCGACCAGAAAGCCUUUAAGCUCCUCCACAGGCCCCCAGACCCGCAUCAUGUCCACGCUCUGCGCUGGUACAGACACAUAGCAUCCCUGCAGCUGGACCUCCUCCCUGAGAGCAGCACGAAAGGAAAGCGGGUUCAGCCCCCUUGGUCUCCACCAGCAGGAACAGAUGUUCCACAACUGCGGCUCUACAACAGCCUGACCAGAGCAAAGGAGCCAUUUGUUCCCCAGUGCGGGAACAAAGUCACAUGGUACAGCUGCGGGCCGACAGUGUACGAUGCCUCACACAUGGGACACGCCAGAUCCUACAUAUCAUUCGAUAUUCUGCGGAGGAUACUGAAGGACUACUUCAAGUAUGACGUCCUCUACUGCAUGAACAUCACAGACAUAGAUGACAAAAUCAUUAAAAGGGCCCGGCAGAACCACCUGCUGGAGCAGUACAAGGAGAAGCAGCCGCAAGCCGCUCAGAUCCUGCAGGACGUCCUGAGCGCCAGAGGGCCCUUCCAGGCUAACUUGGCUUCGACCACAGACCCCGAUAAGAAGCAGAUGCUGGAGAGGAUGGACGCUGCUGUUACUGCCGCUCUGCAGCCCCUGCAGGCAGCGAUGGAGAGCAAAGCGGCACAGGAGGUCGCCCAACCCCUGGCAGAGGUGCUGCUGCAGAGCUCCAAGGACUUGCUGUCUGAUUGGCUGGAUAAGCAGUUUGGAAGUCAAGUGACAGAGAAUUCCAUCUUCUCCAUUCUGCCAAACUAUUGGGAGGGAGAGUACCAUAAAGACAUGGAAGCCCUGAACGUUCUUCCUCCAGACGUUCUGACUCGAGUCAGUGAGUACGUGCCUGAGAUCGUGGACUUUGUGAAUAAGGUCGUCUCAAACGGUUACGGAUAUGAAUCGAACGGUUCUGUGUACUUUGACACCUCCAAGUUUGAUGGCUGUCCGCAUCACUCUUAUGCAAAGCUGGUUCCAGAGGCUGUCGGUGAUCAGAAAGCUUUACAAGAGGGAGAAGGUGACCUGAGCAUCUCUGCUGACAGAUUAGGGGAGAAGAAGUCCCAAAAUGACUUUGCCUUGUGGAAGGCCUCCAAGCCCGGAGAGCCUUCGUGGGACUCUCCAUGGGGGAAGGGAAGGCCUGGCUGGCAUAUCGAAUGUUCGGCCAUGGCUGGCUCCAUCUUGGGAGAGUCCAUGGACAUCCACGGUGGGGGGUUUGAUCUUCGAUUCCCCCAUCACGACAAUGAGUUGGCUCAAUCCGAGGCUUUCUUCGAGAAUGAUCACUGGGUCAGAUACUUCCUGCACACCGGACACCUGACGAUCGCAGGCUGCAAGAUGUCUAAAUCUCUGAAGAACUUCAUCACCAUUAAAGACGCCCUGGCAAAGAACACAGCUCGUCAGCUCCGCCUGGCUUUCUUGAUGCAUUCCUGGAAAGACACCCUGGAUUACUCCUCCAACACGAUGGAGUCAGCUGUGCAGUACGAGAAGUUCAUGAAUGAGUUCUUCCUGACUGUAAAAGACAUAAUGCGCGCUCCUACUGAUAUCACCGGGCGAUAUGAGAGGUGGGAGGCAGCAGAGUUGCAGCUCAACAACAGUUUCUACGACAGGAAGUCUGCCGUCCAUGAGGCUCUGUGUGACAACAUGGACACGCGCAGCGCCAUGGAGGAGAUGAGAGUGCUGGUCGGCCAGAGCAACAGCUACAUCGCCAGCAUGAAGAGCACCAAGCUGAGGCCCAACCGCAUGCUGAUGGAGAGCAUCGCUGCGUACCUCACCAACAUGCUCAAGGUGUUCGGUGCCAUUGAAGGAUCAGAGCCCAUCGGUUUCCCCGUGGGACAAAGUCAGAACGUUGAUCUGGAGAGCACAGUGAUGCCGUACCUCUCAGUGCUGUCAAAUUUCAGAGAGGAAGUCCGAAAAAUUGCAAGAGAGAAGGAAGUGAUAGAGCUGCUGCAACUGUGUGAUGUUGUCCGAGACGAUACGUUACCCGAGCUGGGAGUCCGUCUGGAGGAUCAUGAAGGUCUGCCCACAGUGGUGAAACUGGUGGACAAGGAGACAUUACUGAAGGAGCGAGAGGAGAAGAAACAGGUGGAAGAAGAGAAGAAAAGGAAGAAGGAAGAGGCUGCAAAGAAGAAGCAAGAACAAGAGAUGGCUAAACUGGCGAAGAUGAAGGUCCCUCCGUGUGAAAUGUUUCGCUCAGAAACCGACAAGUAUUCCAAAUUUGAUGAAGCGGGUUUCCCCACCCACGAUGUAGAAGGGAAGGAGCUGAGCAAAGGACAAGCCAAGAAGCUGCGCAAGCUCUUCGAGGCUCAGGAGAAAUUACACGACGAUUAUCUUCAGAUGAACCAAAAUGGCAACUGAUUGUGUUUAUAUACUGCCCAAGACAUCCAGGCUAAAGGAAACCUACAGAAUAAAUGUUUAGGGUCAUCUUUUUCUCUACUCUCCAUCUGUUUUGGAUCAGAAAACAAAUACGGUUUUUCAUUCACAUCACUUCAUUACCAAAGUCCAUGUAUAGCAUUUCAAAAUACAAGGGGAGAAAAAGAAGAGCAUUACUAGAGGAGACAGAGGUCCUCCUGGUUGUGUUUCUCCACAGCAGCAAAACAAAGCAAUUACUGAAGUGAGGUUUUAUUAUGUGACGAAAAUGUUUUAUACGAAGGUGAUGUUUUUGGCUGAAACUCUGUAACACUGCCAGUCGUUUGAAGGAUUAAAUAGAUUGUUUGCAAUAUGAUUUAAUUUUGAAAUGAACUACAAAUUAAAUGAUGUCGGAAAUUGGGAUACAUCUACACAAAAAAAGAAUAGUUUCUGGACUACUAGAGAAUUGAACGUCAUUCUUCUAAUUUGUAUCGGUGCUUAGAUUUCCAUAGAUGUACCAAGGAUACUUCAGGUAUUUUAAAAAUGUAUUUCAAUUACAUUUGGGCCCUUCCUUGUUUCAGUUACAUAUUAUGUAAGUUUACUGCAUUUGUACAGUCUUAAGUGUACUUUUAUUGACUAUUUUGUCAAUGAAUCCCAUGAAAAGACCUCAAAUAACAACAUGUUUGCCUAUCUUUCGAAACUUUACUGACCCUCCAAGCCCAUCGGUACCUACUGGAAAUGUAAAUCUAUACAAAAUAUUUCACAAACAUAGUUUUCCUUCCUGUUGGAGACUGAUUUUAUUGAUGGUGGAUUAACACAGAUUACACACAAUGUGGCACUGUGCCACAGGGCAAAAACACAGUAGAUAUUUUACUAUUUGAAGGAUCAAUUUUGUUGUUGGUCUUUUCUUGUGCUUUGUUGACAGUUAAAGAAAUAUACUGUAUAAUAUCAACGGACUUAUCAGCAACCUUUUUCUCAUCAUUCUGGGUAAAUACCAAUUCUCACACCCUCUGUUCGUGUGAUCUCUCAUGGCUCGAGUGACACCCCACAAAGAUGAGCCUUUUAUUAUUCAACCGUCCAUUAGGGUCAUGCAUUUUUGAACUGUUUGUGUAUUGCAAUUCCAUGGUUGUGUGAAUGCACAGCCGCAGUAAUGCUAUCAUAUAGGUGGAUGCUGAAAAAUAAAGGCAGAUAGCACUACUGAUUUUCUUUCAAGAAAUAAAAUUGAUCAUUCUUGCAAA